AACUUCUGUUGACUUCUUGUGACGUCUUUCGGUAGUUAGAAUUUCCUGGAAUUAGCUUCACGGCCAAAUAUACAAUUUUGUUCUUAUAUGACCUACAUAUAAUUUUUAACAUGGUAGGCUGUUUACAAAAGGGAAUUAAAUCGAUUUGUCUUUAUGAAGUCUACACUUGGAUAUCUCAGUUUCAGUUUCGUUUUGUGUAGUCCCCACGUUGACCCGUUCUAAAAUAGAGCAAGUUCGUGCAAAGCGACAACAAACAAAAGGGACUGUAGUACAGACCAGAAAAAAAACGAAUGAAGAUCUAUUUUUGUGCACAUUGGGAAAGUUCCUCGCGCAGGACGGUUCGGAGAGUAGAAGAGAAAUUAUCGCAAAGUACGUUGACGUCUGCUACAGUCCAGCAGACGAUAUGGAACACAAAACUAACAGUAUGAAUAAAGAAUCAUAUGUAAAAUGUAAAGGUGAACAGUGGAAUUACAGUUUCGACGAAUUGGAAAAAAAACGAAAUUUUUGUGAAGAAGAUGACCUGAAGGAUAGUUCACUCAUGAGGAGUAUCGCUAAGUCAAGACGAUGUCGCGCCAAAUCCGUAUUGUGCUUUGAACUUCCUGUCUACUCGGAGGUGAUCGUCUGCGUGAUCACGAUCUUGCUCGGUGCAGUUAUCGGACUUGUCGUCGUCGUGUGCAGCUUGCAUGGCAAGGUCAACGAAUUGAAAACAAUAGUUCAAAGCUCUGGCAAUAAUGCAACAAGACUUGAAAGGCUGUACGAAGCUUUUAAUUUAACAGACGAGACACCUGAAGCGGAAAGUUUGUAUGACCAAACAAUGAACUUAAUCAGCAGUUCUGACGAUGACGAAACCCUGGAGUCAGACACGGAGCCAACUCCAACGACCUGGUCAGAGACAACAUCAGUGGAAGACACGGAAUCUGUCAAUGAGGGGGAUGAUGAGAAUGACCUUGACACUGGUGCAGCAGACGGGGAAAGCAUGCUUUCGAGAAAUCGACGAGAUUUAGGACGAGACUUCAAAAAGAGCAAAAUUGGCUCUUCAAAAAAGAAUAAUGGCAAAGGUCAGUUGAGAAUUAUUUUUAUAAGCAAAGUAUUAAGACGAAUUUUUUUCUAAGUGUAAUAAUAUUUU